ACAUUUAUUGCUAAAGUGCUCAAAAUGGCAAUUGCAUUCAAACAGUAUUGGACAAUGUGCGGUAUUAUUUUGAAUUUGAUAACUAUUGGAUAUCAUCUGGGCUACACUACAAUUCUUCUUCGGGAUUUAAAGGCGCCUGGAUCAGAUAUAAAGCUGAGCUUAGAAGCAGAGUCAUGGGUGGUCUCUGCGAUCGCAAUAUCUUCUCUGCUAUCAGGGUUGAUGGUCGCACCCACCCUACAAAUACUUGGAAGGAAAUCAGCUCACAUAUCUGUUGUUCUUCCAAACCUCAUCGCGUGCCUGAUCCUGUACUUUGCUCAGAAUAUUACAGCGCUGGUUAUAGCCCGCUUGGCGUCUGGAUUCACAUUCGGGACAACAAUAUUCGUUGCUGCCAUCAUCAUCGGAGAAUACUCGAGUCCUGAGUAUAGAGGUGUAUUCCUCAAUGCAAAAUCAGCAAGUUACUCGUUAGGUGUAUUUUUGGUCCAUUGCGUUGGUAUAUUUUAUGACUGGAGAAUGACCGCCCUCAUAGGACUGAUACCCUCAGUGUUGUCUCUAAUAAACACAUUAACUUGGUCAGAAAGUCCGGCAUGGUUGGCUUAUAAAGGAAGAUAUGAAGCCUGCGAAGCCUCGUUUCAACAGUUAAGAGGAGACAGCUAUAGGGCUAAAGAAGAAUUGUUACUUUUAAUGGAAACGCAAAGGAAUCGGAGAUUGAGUAAAAUUAAAGGCAAAUCUAAAAUAAGCAGCUUUAGACAAAACCUAUCAAAACUUGGUAAGAAAGAUUUUAUAAGACCUUCAUUGAUCGUGUUGUUUGUUUUUGUUAUUUUAGAAUCUUCCGGUCGACAUUCAUUUUCAGCUUACGCUGUUCGAUUCAUGUCUGCCUUUACCACUAAUAAUACUAGUACUUUGUAUUACGUCCUGGCUGUGGAUGGUGUUGUAUGUAUUUGUGGAAUAUUAUCUUGUGUGAUCGUGAAAUUGUAUCGCCGUCGGACAAUAAUAUUUACGUCUGGCGGGUUGGCAUGUGUUUUGUUAGUAUCUAUUUGUGUGUAUUUGUACUUAAAAGCUAAAGGCAUAGCUCCUGAAGAUAGCAUCUGGUUGCCGUUAACACUAUUGUUUACGUAUCAUGUCGUUAUCAACCUUGGUGUUGCGCCAAUAAUUAUGGCAUUACUAGGCGAGGUAUAUCCUUUAGAACAUAAAGGUUUCGGGGCUGUGGUUUCGGGAGUAUUUUUCUCUGUAUCAGUGUUGGUAGCAUUGAAAGUAACACCUGCACUAAUCAAGAGUAUGGAAGUAUAUGGAACGUUUUUAGUGUAUUCAUUAUGCCUGGCGGGUUCUCUUGUAUACUUGUAUAUAUUCUUGCCGGAAACAGAAGGAAAGACUCUGCAAGAAAUAGAACAUCAUUUUAAUGGUGUUCCACUUACGUUGCAAAAUGAUACCGAAGAAAAGUUGUUAAACAGUAAAUAA